GACGUUUAGAGGCCAAGCAACGGAGGGAUCGACAGAUUAGUGACUCUCUCUCUCUCUCUCUCUCUCUCUCUCUCUCUCUCCCCUCAUCCCCCUCUCUCUGUUGCUGGAGGACAGGCGGCGGCAGCGGUGGAUCGGCUCGUUGUUGCGGUCGGACAGGGAGUUUUCCUUUUCCUCGGUGCCCUCUCUUCUCGCGCGCUCCUGGACACGGACGAAUUGGGGAGCCAGCCGAUCAUGGGGUCAUCAUCACCAUCAUCUUCAGCAGCGCCAGCACCAGACUUUACUUUCUUCUCGGCAGCGCCGGAUCACGAGGAGAGCGCACUAAAAUAAAACUCUGUGGCUUUGUCGUCGAUUUCCAUUCCGGGAAACUUUUCUUUUUCUCUCAAUUAUUUAUCAUAAUGGAGAUCCCAACUUUCCUGCUGCCGAGUCUUGCUCUGCUCUUCGUUGGAGGGGAUCUUUUCACCAGGGCCAUGCUGAGUGACAUUGGGGACUAUGUAGGUACAGACAUUGAAAUAUCCUGGUUACCUAAUCUGGAUGAAUUAAUGAAGGGCUAUGCCAGAAAUUUUCGCCCUGGGAUAGGAGGUCCACCAGUGAAUGUGGCCAUGGCUAUUGAAGUGGCCAGCAUUGAUCACAUCUCUGAAGCCAACAUGGAAUAUACCAUGACCGUGUUCCUGCGGCAGAGCUGGCACGAUGACCGCCUGUCCUACAAUCACACCAACAAGACGCUGGGGCUGGACAGUCGAUUCGUGGACAAGCUGUGGCUGCCUGACACCUUCAUCGUCAAUGCCAAAUCUGCUUGGUUCCAUGAUGUUACUGUGGAGAACAAGUUGAUCCGCCUGCAACCCAACGGAGUCAUUCUGUACAGCAGCCGAAUCACUUCGACGGUAGCGUGUGAUAUGGACCUGACCAAGUAUCCCAUGGAUGAACAGGAGUGUAUGCUGGACCUGGAAAGCUAUGGUUACUCCUCAGAGGACAUUGUGUAUCACUGGUCCGAGAGUCAGAGACACAUCCACGGCCUGGACAAACUGGAGCUCUCCCAGUUCACCAUCACAGACUAUCGAUUUGUAACUGAGAUGAUGAACUUCAAAUCUGCGGGACGAUUUCCAAGGCUCAGUCUUCGCUUUGAGCUGAGACGUAAUCGAGGCGUCUACAUCAUCCAGUCAUACAUGCCUUCGAUAUUACUGGUUGCCAUGUCCUGGGUGUCCUUUUGGAUCAGCCAAUCAGCAGUCCCUGCUCGUGUAUCCUUAGGGAUCACGACUGUUCUCACCAUGACCACGCUAAUGGUAAGCGCCCGCUCCUCCCUGCCUCGAGCCUCAGCCAUCAAGGCGUUAGACGUCUACUUCUGGAUCUGUUACGUGUUUGUGUUUGCGGCACUCAUUGAGUACGCCUUCGCUCACUACAACGCUGACUACAGACUCAAAGAGAAGGCCAAGGUGAAGGCCAACAAGCUCAGCUCUGAGUCCAUUGUGAAGAACGGCAAACAGGCUAUGGUUCUGUUUUCACUGUCGGUCACCGGCAUGAACCAGGGCGUGAUGAUUUCCAACCGGCAGGGGCGGACCCAGCGCCCUAGCAGCGAAAUCCCCAGAGAGGGUGGCAGCGAGGAGGCCGAGCCAAGGAGGAGAAGGUCCAGGCAAGCGGAGGAGAGCAAGGAGAAGAAAUGCUGUUCCAAGUGCGUCUGCAAGCCCAUAGAUGCUGACACCAUCGACAUCUACGCCAGGGCUGUGUUCCCUUUCACUUUCGCUGUGGUGAAUGUGAUCUACUGGGUUGCGUACACCAUGUGAGGAGGAGGCAGCAGUUCUGUGCGAAUGGCUGCCAUCCAGGGCUGUACAUAAGAAACUGCUGGAGCUGGGCCACUUCAAUGCUGGCAGACUGGUGCAGCUGAAAUAUAAAGAAGUGUUACGGCCUUUGAAUAUGGAAAUAUGGUAAUUAAUGGAAGUAGUUAUGAGUUUAAAAAAUGUUAACAGGACUUCAUAUAUUUAAAUACAAAUACAGAAAUGUAUUGUAUAAAGGCAAAGGACUGUGUAGCCUGUUGGAGGUUCACAUACACAGUGAAUACAGUUUAACCAACAAUCUAGAUUUCCACGUCAUCCUGUUAUAUGAACUCAACAAAGGACACUACAACAAAGGAUCCUGCUUGAAUACCUGCAGUACUGAUCACAAGCUCACAUGUUGCAAACGCAAAUAAGCAUAGUUAGCUUAACUAACUCAAAGCCACAAUCUGGAGUGAACCGCCUGUUAUCUCAAAAAGCAAAAGCGGCGCCCAAACUAGAGGAUAACAAGAUGAGGUGUACUAUUCUGCAUGGCUGAUAACUCACUCACCCUCUUCCCCUGCCAUCGCCACCCCCUCUCUUCCUCUCUCUCUCCUUUGGUCCUCCACCCAUUUUCUUUUUCAAUUCAUUUUUUGUUCAGGACACCGCCUGGAGUGUCUUAUCUCCCUCUUCCAGUUCUGCCUGUUUCCUCACCAUUAAAGUAUUUCCUCCACUA